CGUGCCGUCGUGAACGCCGAACAUUCACUAGAGAGCGUGGUUCAUUUAUAUUCGGUCGUCCAGACCAGUUCAUGUGCGUAGCUCGAUUUAGAUUGUUCGCCCGAUCUGUUUCUGUGUUCUAUCCAGAUAGCGAGCGAAUUCAAGCGUCAACUAUUUCGUGUUCGUGGUUUGUUACUGGAUUUUGAUUGCAAACUGGCUGCGCGUCGAGUUCGUGGUAUUUACAUUAUGGAUUGGGAUAAGGAAGCCUCAUUGAAACUUAUAAAGCUGUAUCGCGCGCAGCCAUGCCUUUGGGAUCGAAAUCAUAGCGAUUAUAAAAACAGAGUUAAAAUGGCGUUGGCUUGGAAUGUUAUCAGUGAAAAAAUGAAAUGUGAUGUAAUGGACGCGAAGAAGAAACUUGAGUCCUUAUUGGCUUCGUUUCGGCGUGAGCGUCACAAAUAUAGAUUUGCGAAUCAAGCUGAUGGCAAAUCUACUUGGUUUGCAUUCGAUAGUAUGACCUUUUUGCUGGAACACUUUCCAGGCAAGAAACCUGCAAAUGAAGAGGAACCGUCGCAGACGAACAUCGAAAUCAGGAACGAGCCUGUAGAAAUUGUCGUCGAAUCAGAUGAUUCUGAAGUGGAGGAAUCCACUAAUAAUCGCAAGGAACCUAGCCCACCUCCAUCUCCACCACAGCUUCAACGGAAAAGAAAACCAAUUGCCAUCGAACCAAGAAAAGUCAAACGGAGAUUUAUUGAGGGGAUACCCGCGAAACGAAUCCUGCGAGAUGGUAGUGCUAUUUUCGGAGAGCACGUGACAUCAAAACUUCGCGGUUACAGCGAACACACAAGGAACGUGGUUGAAUAUUUGAUUGGAAAUAUUCUCUACAAGGCUGAUAUGGGUCAAUAUGAAAAGCAAACAAACAAUCAGAGAGCCAGAUCAUUUCCGACACCGACGGCCGAAUUUACGGUUUUCAACAAUUCUCAAUCAAACGGAAACGAUUCAUACUUUGAUCCUGCUGCGACGAACCAAAACCAGGAUGAGAGCAAUUCUUCGGAUGUCGAAAGUUUUACUGAAACUAAAGUGUCAAUUAUUGACAUUGCACCAGCUUAAUCGCGGUAAACCAACUCUCCGGAGGCGCUCCAAGCUUUUUCAAGGUUUUUUUCUUAUUUCUGAUGAGUUUAGGUAAAUAAUUUCCGGAAUAGCGACGGAUUCCUCUCGAUAUUCUUAUUCUACAAUAUUUUUUAAAAAAAGAAAUGGUAGUUAUAAGAAAAUUUUAUAGAUUUGUAAUAAAAGCGACUGAUUGUUUUGAUA